UUUCUCUACCCGUCCCAUUCAGCAAAAACGGAAAGGAAUCUAGUUACAAAAUAUAUUUUACCGUUACAAUUCAAUAUUUUAGAGAACUCACAACAAUAUUAUCAGCAAGAUAAUUGCACAAAUUAUAUGUAUAUUAUUGCUUCAACUGCUCAAAAUAACGAAAUAUCGAUGAAUCAAGCAUAUUUAUCAACGAUCGACGCGACAUUCCGUUCCGUUUUUGCUAAAUGGGACGGGUAGAGAAAACUGUCACGGAACGGAACUGGAACGGAAUGCUCAAUUCUAGUGAGAUACCCGAUCCGUCAUUCCGAUCCGUGCUUAAUGGGACGGCACCCUUAAUGAAGACAAGUGAGGACGUUUCGCUAUAAAUGAGGCUGCCCUGAAAUUUUCAAGAUUUGCUCUUCUCGGCUGUGCGUUACGAAGCUUUCCCCGGUAGAUUGUAAGGGACAGCCGGCAAAGCAUGGCAUGGCACUGCAAUGGUACUACGAACCAAGAAAUGGUGACGAAGCUGAAAGAUGCUGGUAUAUUGGCAACGGACAGAGCAGAAGCCGCUAUGCUCGCUGUUGACAGAGCCAAAUACUGCCACGAAUCAGAUCCUUAUCUCGAUCGUCCUAGAAGAAUUGGUUACAACGUGACUAUCAGUGCACCACAUAUGCACGCAUAUGCAUUGUCUAUCCUCUCCGAUCAACUCUUCGACGGUGCCAAGGCACUUGAUGUCGGCUCAGGCUCAGGCUAUCUAUCCGCCUGCAUGGCAUUCAUGGUAGGCUCAGGUGGACGCAUAAUAGGCAUCGAGCAUAUUCCCGAGCUCAUAGAGAUCUCCACUAGGAACAUGCGCGAGGACAAUCCGCACUUCCUCAAGGAGGACCGCAUCAAAUUUGUGGUGGGAGACGGCAGAUUGGGACAUCCUGUUGACGGCCCUUACAACGCUAUACAUGUUGGAGCAGCGGCCGAAACUUUACCGGAGACGCUGAUUGAUCAACUGGCUCCCGGAGGUCGACUGAUCUGCCCAGUCGUGGCCAUAAAAGGUUUCCAAAGGUUACAAGACCUGCUGCAGGUGGACAAGAGCACAGACGGUGCGAUCACAAAGAAGAAGCUGAUGCAAGUCUCUUACGUUCCUCUCACGGAUCCUACCACUCAAUUACGUAAUUAGAGUCACUAAGUUUGCAGAUUAUCAUCGUUCAAGUUACUGCGACAGAAGUUUCAAAUGGCAAGGCGGCUUGUAGUUCGUCAUCGUAACACAGCGAUACAUCCAUAAAAGCAUCUGCGCGGAGACGAUAAAACCGAUCCAAUUCUUUCCACAAAACAAGAUCGAGGAUAAUGUAUAGAGCAAAAUAAAUUGAUCAUAGAAUCGACGUUAUGGUAUCCGGGUUCGCUUCAAUAUCAAAGACAAUGAUUAAUUUGUGAAGUUAAUAUUUAAUAACAAAGAUAAAAGCUGUUAUAGUUCCUUCUUUUUUUUUCGAUAAAAUAUCUCACGGCCUUUUGCCGAAAAAACUUUAGUGAUUUUAAUUUUUCAAACACGGAUCACUUAACUGACAAUGGAACAUUCCCAAGUGUCACUCUGAUUUCAGGAUGAAACUCUAAUUUCGAUUUCGCCUUUAUUUGUAAAGUAAUUUAUUGUUUCAGCAAAAGUCCUCUAUCUCAAUCGUUUUAAAGAUAUCGUGAUGGAAAGGAAUGACCCCUUUAUGUAUAACAUACGCACUAUAUUUUCGUUAAUGUCAAUAAUAAACUGAUGAAAUUUGAUACAUUAUUAAUAUACGAAAAACAUCUUGCAAUCACAGUCAUACGCAGUCGAAAUUAUUGGUCUUCGAUACGCUGUCUUCAAGUAAAAGGAAUGUCAUGUUAGGAAAAAAGAACGGAAUGUUUGAAUUUAUUUAUUUAUGUAUAAAUCCUCCGACCAUGCGAUUGACAACUAUGUUGUAAAACUUCGUAUACGUAGAGAGAAACCUGAGAGUGGAGAAAAUUUACGUUUUUCCCGUUUCUCCAAUGUUUUCAAAUGAUUGAUUUUUUUUCUCGUAAUACCAAAAAAUUUGUAUCUACUUGGAUAUUAAUCAAAUAAUACAGAUAAUUCUAUCAAAUCCGUCUUAU